AACCAAACGAACCUAGUUCAAUCCAUCUGUUCAACGUUGUUGGCUGCUAACCUCGCAAACUUACACCCAACAAAUCUGAAAUCCGAUUUGUCGUAAUACGAUCUGAUAAAAAGCAUUGAAGUUUAGGAAUUAGGAGCGAAAGGGGUAGUGUUAAACCUCUAAAAGAUUCAAACCCUAGAAAAAUGGGGGUUUCCCCUUUCGUUGGAAUCGCCAUUACGAUCGCUCUGAUUUCUCUAUUUUUCGCAUUAUAUCCACUCACGUAUCCUCACCCUGCAUCACCAACACUGUCAUCCUUUAGAUUGUUUACAGUAGAAGAUCUGGCUAUAUACAACGGGACCAAUGAUGGCUUGCCCAUCUUGUUAGGAAUUCUCGGGUCGGUGUUUGAUGUGACAAAAGGGAAAUCUCAUUAUGGGAAGGGAGGUGGCUACAAUCACUUUUCCGGAAGAGAUGCAUCCAGGGCAUUUGUUUCCGGAAACUUCACAGGAGAUGGACUUACCGACUCUUUGGUUGGUUUAUCUAGCACCGAGGUGAAGAGUGUAGUUGAAUGGAGAGACUUCUAUACCAGGACGUACAUACCCGUCGGCAAGUUAGUUGGCAGAUAUUAUGACAGUGACGGCAACCCCACAAAGUAUCUUAAAGGAGUAGAAGCAAAGGCAGCAAGAGGUGCACAGUUAAUUGAAAAGCAAAAGAAGGAAGAAGCCAAAGUACCUGGCUGCAAUUCAAAAUGGAGCCAGGAUGAAGGUUCUGAGGUGUGGUGCGACACUGGAUACCCACGGCUUGUUCAGAGACCGCUAGAAAUAGCAUUGACGGGGAAAAUGAGCAAACGUUGUGCGUGUUAUAAUGAAACAGAUUUGGACCAACCAGGUUUAGAAGUUUAUGAAGGAUGUGGUUUCUUAUCUAAAUCUUGUCGUCUGUAAUUGUCGUUAGGUUAGAUGGGGGUUUUACUCUAUACGAGUUUUGAUUAUUUGCAUGUCACUAUAGGAAACUUUUCGACUUGUAUGGUAUUUCUGACGUUAUUGGAAGACCACAUUUUACUUUGUUUAUAGUCAAAUAUCAUCUAUGGCGACAGAAA